GCUCUCUUGUUCAAGAUUUUUCAGGUCGACGGUGAGUUUGUGCUUCCUGAGCACUGUUACCGAUUUGCACGCGGUCCCUCAAACGCUCUCCGCAGCACCGCCAACAACGAUGACGGAUUCGAGAUCAGCGUUCGAAGGUCGUAUGAUGGAGCCAGAGUUGGCAAUUGGUUUGAACCGGAGAAGGAGUAUCUGGUAACUCUAAAGAAUGAGUUGCCAAUGGUAACCUUUGAUGACUUCCUAUUUUGGCUGACGCCGAGUGAACCACAGACGAUGGGCCAAUUUGAAAGGAAAAAUACGACGGAAGACUGUGCUUUGUCACCAGGGAAAUGUGUGGGAUCAUGGGUCCACACACUCUAUCGCAGGGGAUCGCGAUUGCCCUGGCACAGCCGAUACCGAAGUCACCGUGCUGGUCAAGUGUUCACUCGCAAUCGUCCUGGAUGCCAUGGCCUCGUUGUGGAGAGUUUACACGGCUUUAAUGGCGCGUACUCGCGAUUUGCUCGACAGAUGGGCCAAGUUGUCCUCCUAUGGCGUAGUCCAAAUGCCAGUCGUCACAAUUGUGUCACUUUUCAUGCCAUGGUGCGUACGCAGACGUCAGUCCUAAAGGAAGUUGGUGGUCUAAUGAAAACACUUUGCCCCACUGAAAUGCGUCCAAUGGAACCGGUAAUCUCAGGAGUACGUGAAACGCUUGAUAUUAACAGAAACAAUCCUGCAGAUCCUAUUCAAACGCCCAAUGUAGAUCCGAUGGAGCUGAGACUACGGGACAGCAUUCAACCAAAAGACUGCUGUGCAUGUGGCACUGCAACCUACAGACUGACUUUUCAAGGUCUCUGGAACCGAACGACACACCCUCAAGACUGGCCAACGAAGAAUCCAAAUCUCCUUCAUUGGACAAACCUCAUCGGUGCCAGUCAUUCACCCAGUUUUCAGAUUUAUGCGAUUGGACAAACUGCUAGUGCUGGAGUUCAGUCCGUCUGUGCGUAUGGCGACACUACAGUGCUUCGUGAAGCCUUGGCCUUGGCAGCUGCAAAAUCGGAAGGCGCUGCAGGCGUCCCAACCGGCAGCCAAUCGGCUACCACCGAUGUCAGUCCCCUUCGAGCACUCAUUUCCACACCAGGAAUGUGGGGUGAGGAGGCUCUGAUGGAGCAACGUACAACCCUCUUCUCAGUAAACCGAACACAUCCACUCUUUUCAUUGCUUACAAUGCUGGGUCCGAGUCCUGACUGGUGCACGGGCAUUUCCGGUCAGUCGCUAUGCAAGGCGGAUUGCACGUGGGUAAGGAAUAUGACGUUGUACUUGCAUCCCUGGGAUGCAGGAAUCAGAGAAGGUAAUACGUAUAUGCCAAAGGAGUCCGAUCGAAAGGAGAUUCCAGAUCCAAUUCGCUACAUUGACGAAAAAUGGAUGCCUGGAAACCCGUUCAGGGAUAAGAAACCGAUUGCACGAGUCGAAAUUGAAAGAGAACUACCAAAACACGACUGGGAAUGCACCAACAAGGAUGCGGAUGGAGUGCAUCUCUUUCUGAUGAGUGGAGGCAUUCAUGUGACCGGAAAGAAGGCAUCAGAUGGCAUGGAAUCUGACAAGAAAAAAGAUCAAAUGCAUGCUGCAUCGGCUACUCAGCAGAUUGUGACAGGAAAGGGUCGUGGCAAAAGCUCCAAGUCGGUAGGUUUUGGUGGUCCGGGAGCAAGCGGGACACUUGGCACCAAUAAUCCGCUCUCAGAUCCCAGUCUGGCUCAAAUGGCCACUUUCCUCUGCAUCACCAGCGAGUGGUCCGCCUGGUCUGCAUGCUCAGUGACGUGUGGUGUUGGCACAAAAACUCGAACUCGUCAGCUUAUUGCUAACAAGAAACCUGAACUCUGUCAGCAUGUACCCCUGGUGAUGGAAGAGUCGUGCGAGGGAAGAAAACGAACGUGUGAUUACAGUGCGCCUUGCAGUUUUUUGCCCUGGACGCUUUGGUCCCCCUGCAACGCCACGUGUGACCGCCAAGUUGGCGUGAGAAGCAGAACUCGGGCCUUGGCGAGACCCGAAGAGGCUAAACAAUGCGAACAUCUAUGGAAGGGGAGGGUGGGUGGCAUGGAGAGUGUCAUGAAGGAGGUUGAGGUGUGUCGCAUACCACCUGAGGCUUGUGAACCAGCAACAAUUUGUGGAGAGGGUCCCAAACAAGGCUAUCCUUGUGGCAAAAAGGUGAGGCGAUUCUACUACAGUGCAAUUGACCACGAAUGUCUCGAGUUUGAGUACCUCGGCUGUAAAGGCGGACGCAACAUGUUUGAGACAAAGGAGGAGUGUGAGAAACUGUGCAUUCCGGCCGUUGAGGCUCUCCCAGGUUGGCGACGUGAAAGGAUGGGUCUUUUGCAAUUCAAAACAUCCCAGCUAGCCCCGUCGGCAGGCGAUACAGGAGAGGAGGAAUUAAAACAGGAUCCAGCAUGCCAUUACGAGGUCAACACGGGGUAUGAGUGUGACCCACCCAAAGAGCUAGGCAAUUAUUGGUACUACUGCACCCGCACAAAUCGCUGCCGCGAUUUCUUCUACCUCGGUUGUGGUGGGACACCCAAUCGCUGGGCCAACCACACAGCCUGCAUGGCUGCCUGCAUGCCCAACGAGCUGCGUCAAUCACAAUUACUGGCUAAAGUGAGGGCAGCUACUGGAUCGCGUAGAGCGGAUAAUGGACGAGGAGACGACAAACACGACGAUACCGAAGCACCAUUCGGACUGGAGGUGGCAGUCAGCCCUAAACAAGACUGCCGUGUGACCAGCUGGGGCGGGUGGGGUCCGUGCUCAGUCAGAUGUGCCAGUCAGAAUGGGCAACAGUUACGUCUCAGAGCUAUAACAAGACCUGCGAGGUAUGGCGGCGCUGCCUGUGGACCGCUCUACGAGAAAAGAGAAUGCCAUGGAGGCGAUGUCUCUUGCUGA